AUGGCGGCCGCUCGAUUUAUACGUUUUUUUAGUCGUCGUCAAGCAAAGCAUCCGGCAACAACAUUAAAUGAUGAAAAUAUCUCUCAUACAAAUUCAAAACUUCUUCCGAAUUUAUUAAAUUCAAAUGCAAAAGUUUAUUCAACUGGAAAGAAACAACAACAACAACAACAACCAAUACCGAUUAAACAUGGUCUUGUUUGUACAAUUGUAUUUCUCGAUGGUGAUGAUGUUAAUUUUGAAGUAGAUCGUAAAGCUCUUGGAAAAAGUCUUUAUGAUAAAGUUAUUGCUCAUACAAAGCUAGUUGAACCCGACUAUUUUGGUUUACAAUUCACUGAUACACAUAAUGUUAAACAAUGGUUAGAUCCAACGAAAUCGUUAAAAAAACAAUGCAAGAUUGGACCACCGUAUACAUUUCGAUUUCGUGUUAAAUUUUAUACAUCUGAUCCACAAAAUCUUCAUGAUGAACUAACAAGAUAUUUAUUUGUGUUACAACUUAAAGAUGAUAUUCGAACAGGCAAAUUAGACUGUCCAUCUGGUUCAGAUGUUGAGUUGGCUGCAUUGACUAUGCAAGCUGAAUUGGGUGAUCAUUCAAGUACUGAACAUUCAGUUGAAACGAUAUCAGAGUUUCGUUUUCUACCUGAUGAUCGUCAAACAGAAGAAUUCGAAGCAACUGUCCUACAAAAAUGGUCUACGCACAAGGGCUUAACACCAGCCGAUUGUGAAGUACAAUAUUUAAAUAAAGCACGCUGGCUAGAAAUGUAUGGUGUUGAUUUACAUACAGUAAUGGGUAAAGAUGGUUUAGAAUAUAAACUUGGUCUAACACCAACGGGUAUUCUCGUCUUUGAAAAUAAAAUCAAAAUUGGUUUAUUUGUUUGGUCAAAAGUAACACGAAUAGAUUUUCAUCGAAAUAAAUUAACAAUCGUUGUCGUUGAAGAUGAUGAUAAUGAUCCGACAUUGCAACGCGAUUUUGUAUUUUUAUUUCGUUGUUAUGAUGAGAAACAAUGCAAACAUUUUUGGAAAUGUGCUAUGGAAUAUCAUAUAUUUUUUCGUACAACAUCAGCAGCUAAAGUUAAACAAGGUGUCAAAUCAAAUUUUGCACGUACUGGUUCAAGAUUUCGAUUUAGUGGAAGAACUGAAUGUCAAGCAGCAACAUUAGGAAAUUUGAAUCGUCGCAGUAUAAAUUUUGAACGUAAAGCAUCACAACGCUUUUCACGUCGUGCAUCAUACGCAAUACGAAAAAAAAUUCAAGAACACGAAGUUUUACGUGAACAAGAAGAUGAACGUUUGAAACGAUUAAAAUCCGAACAAGAAUCCAAAUUAGAUGAAACGAAAAAAUCACCCGAAAAAACUCAAGAUCCAGUAUCCAUUAGUAAACGUUCGUCGUCACAAAAAAUUCUAAAUCUAUCACCCACUCAGCGUCUUGAUAAUCUUAUUCAAGCUUCCACGAAUGAUUUAGUAGCAGAAGAUAAUGAAUUAAAAAGAAAUACAACUGGUCUUCCUCGUCCUCCGCCAAUUCCUCCUCGACAAGUGAAACCUGAUGAUAAAACUACAACAACGAGAUCACCAUCCCCAUCACCACCAUUAGUCCUUGUUAAACCAUCAAAUCCAACAAUUUUCUCUUCAAAUAAUACUAAUAAUAUGAACACACUGAAGGAUUCCUUCAAUGAAAAUAACGACCAAGACUUAUUAAUUCAAAUGUCACCACCAAAAACAUCUAAUGUACCUGCCAAAUCAUCUAUUUCUCCACUUACUGGCAAAGUGAACAGUCCACUUAAUCGAUACACAUUAGCGAAUAGUCAAUCACCUUAUGUUCUCAAGGAGACUUACUUUUACACAGAAUCAACGACAGUAAAUUCGAAUUCAACUAAUAAUCAAAAUUCUCUGAAUUCACCGGCCCCUGUUAUUGUAACACGUACACUAAGUACAUCCAAUGUACGUAAUGCAUCAGCAACAAUCGUUCAAACAACACCUUCUAACAGUCAAAUAUCAACACCAUCAUCAUCAUCGGUCCCAUUGCCAAAUCUAUAUCCUCGUUCAUCAAAUCGUAGUUUAACAUCACCAUCUGUUGGUGCACUCCCAUCAUAUCAUCCAAUAACAACAGAAUUAUAA